GUUAUACAAACUAUUAACUAAUUUUCAUUAAGAAAAAUGAAUACUUUUCGAGUCGUACUGUUGGUGCCAAUAGUUUUGGCACUGUGUGACCAGGGUAUGAUGGAACCCUGGGACCCACAACCACAAGAUGUCGCGGGUUGGCCUCAAAGGCACGAGGCUUUGGUGAACCAAACUCUUCAGCAUAAGACCGAAGAGCAGAUUGUGUUUGUCGGCGAUUCAAUCACCGAGGGCUGGGGUGACGAUGGAAAGGCUGUUUGGGACAAAUACUAUACCCCUCGACACGCUUUCAAUUACGCCAUCCGUGGCGAUCAGACUCAAAACGUGAUCUACAGAAUUCAAAAUCACGAAUUUGAUGGACUCGGCCCCAAAGUCACUAUUCUCAUGAUUGGCACUAACAAUGCCGGCGCCAAUACGGUUGAGGACAUCGCGCAUGGAGUUAACGAAACGGUGAAGCAAUUGUUGGGCAAAAUGCCAAACACUAAGAUUAUUCUGUUGGGAAUACUGCCCAGACCUGAGCCAUUGGGCGCUAAAGUGAAACAAGUCAAUGAAUUGAUCGCGAAAUUGAAUAACGAUAAAAACGUCUUCUUCCUGGACAUGUGGUCAGCCUAUGAGAAGGAUGGCAAACAAAACACAGAUCUCUAUUUGUCAGACAACAUACUACAUCUCAAUGAGAGGGGGUUUGAGGUGUGGCAGCAGAUUAUGGAACCACUGCUUAAGAAGUUGGACCCAACUCUUUAAACUAUAAUCAAAAUGUUUUUCCUUUUAUUUGUAUUAAUGUUUAGUUUCCUGAAUAAAAGUUAUUAAUAAUCAA